GUGUUUUUGGUGGGGACUGCGACUGAGGCCAAGACCCCCAUAACUGAUGCCACAGACACAGGAGUCUUGGUCUAAAUGGGUCCGGUCAUGCCUCCCAGCAAGAAGUCGGAAGGUUCGGGCGUGAGUGUGGCCAGUGGGCUGAGGCGUCUGUACGCCUCGUCCGGCUGCUUGAGCCGCGCGCUCCAGGAGGCCGAGGAGAUGGACCUGACCCUCCCUCCGCCACCGCCACUCCCGCCAGGCGGCCUCAAGGCCGAGAAGACGUCAUCCGGGGGCGGUGGAGGAGGAGGUGGAGGCGGCGGAGGAGGAGGAGGUGGGGGUGGCGAAGACGAGGAGCUGACCAACCUCAACUGGCUCCACGAGAGCAAGAACCUGCUCAACAGCUUCGGCGACCCGGUGCUGCGCAGCGUGAGUCCGGUGCAGGAGCUGGACGAGGACGGGCCCCCGUCGCCCGCCCAGUCGGACCCGGCCUACGACGCCAAGCAGAACCCCAACUGCAAGCCGCCCUACUCCUUCAGCUGCCUCAUCUUCAUGGCCAUCGAGGACGCGCCCGCCAAGCGCCUGCCCGUCAAGGAUAUUUACAACUGGAUCCUGGAGCACUUCCCCUACUUCGCCAACGCGCCCACCGGCUGGAAGAACUCGGUCCGGCACAACCUGUCCCUCAACAAGUGUUUUAAGAAAGUGGACAAAGACAGGAGCCAGAGUAUCGGUAAGGGCUCCCUGUGGUGCAUAGACCCAGAGUACCGGCAGAACCUCAUCCAGGCGCUCAAGAAGACCCCGUACCACCCCUACUCCCAGGUGUUCACACCCCCACCCACCUCUCCUCAGGGGUACCAGAGUAUGUCCAGCCCCCCGGUGUGGCCAGGCAGCCCCUUCUUCAGAAAAAAUAAAGGAGUCCUCCUUCAAGGUACAGUGCUGCGUCCA